UAAAUUACUAGACAGAGGAAUUGAGUUUUGUUAAUGAGCUCUUCAAUUAAAGAGCAGUUUAUAUAUCCCAUGUGCUCAUUGACAAAGAUACCUCUAAAUAUUAUUUUAUAAUGAUUAUCAUCUUUGAAACUCCUGCACAAUAUUUCUAUUUAUUCGCAUUAUGAUUAGCAUAUGAGGAUGAACCAAUUAAACUCCCUCUAUAAUCCUUUUUCACGCUACUUAAUUAUCUUUUGAAUCCUAUGGAAAACGAAGCUGCAGCUGCAUCAUCUCAAGUAGCAAUAUUGCCGCCUCCCAAAACAGGGACACUGAUAACCAUUCUCGCCAUUGAUGGAGGAGGAAUUAGAGGAAUCAUUCCUGGGGUUAUUCUUGCAUAUCUUGAAUCACAACUUCAGGAGUUGGACGGUGAAGAUGCAAGACUCGCGGAUUAUUUUGACUUGAUGGCAGGAACAAGCACGGGUGGUCUUGUAACAGCCAUGUUAGCUGCACCAAAUGAACAGAAACGCCCUUUAUAUGCUGCAAAAGAUAUUACUCCUUUCUAUCUUCAGCACUCCCCCAAAAUCUUUCCCCAAAAAGGAGGGCCGUUUACUGGGGUCUUAAAUCUAGCCAAAAUGAUGAACGGACCUAAAUAUGAUGGGAAGUAUCUUCAUACACUUAUAAAGGGACUCUUAGGAGGUACCAGGUUGCAUGAUACCUUAACUGCCGUCGUUGUUCCAACUUUUGACAUCAAGACACUUCAGCCAGUUAUCUUCAGCUCAUAUGAGGCAAAAUCGAAACCUGAUUUGGAUGCAGAACUGGCGGACAUUUGCAUUGGUACCUCGGCAGCGCCAACGUUUCUACCUGCCCACAGUUUCAAGAACAAGGAUGCUCAAAAUAAUGAACGGGAAUUCAACCUAAUUGAUGGUGGCGUCGCUGCUAAUAACCCGACAUUGAUAGCAAUUGGUGAGGUGACUAAGCAAGUAUUGUUGAAGCAUGAAGACUUAUUCCCUAUAAAGCCCAUGGAUUAUGGUCGUUUUCUGGUAAUAUCACUGGGGACAGGCAAUGCAAAGAACGAGGAAAAGUACAAUGCCAAAAUGGCUUCCAAAUGGGGAUUACUUAGCUGGCUAACUAAUAAUAACUCUACACCAAUCAUAGAUGCUUUUAAUCAAGCAAGCGCUGAUAUGGUUGAUUAUCACAACUUUGUGGUUUUCAAAGCUCUUAAAUCGGAUGAUAAGUACCUCCGAAUCCAGGAUGACACCUUAACGGGGAACUUGGCCUCAGCUGACGUAUCCACAAAGGAAAAUUUAGAAACACUCGUCAAGGUAGGAGAACAGCUGCUUGAAAAACCAGCUUCCAAGAUAAACUUAGACAAAGGAGUUUAUGAACCAAUUGAGAAUGGAGGAACCAACAAGGAAGCUCUUCGGAGGUUUGCAAAGAUACUUUCGGACGAGAGAAAACUCCGCCAGUCCAAAGCCGGUGGCCGGUUGGUCUAAAUGACAUUGUAUUAUCAUCCACUGUGUUGCUAUUGCGUGACUGCAUUGAGUUUUUCAAUUUAAUAAUGGUCCUACUUUGCCAUUCCUUUUAUGCCUUUGCAUAUUGGUGGAAUUGAAGUUGCAUACCUUUAUUAGCGUAUCA